UGCUGCUUGUUGCGAGCCUACUGCAUACUCACCGUGUCACAAGCUGCUGGUCAUCAGGUGUCACGUGAUCGAUCACAUAGCCGUCUUGUCGGAGGAUUUCCAGCACGCUGCGGUUUCCCAGGAAGUGACCUGAAAGUUGGCCCAGCACAGUCAGUUUCCAGGGGCGACGCUUAGCAUUUGUUUGGGUCACGCCAGGUCACACAGCAGCCAGUUUGAGGGAUAAGGCGGGAACAGCCGGACAUAACCGAUCUCGGGUUUGUUUUGUGGGUCGGGUCACUGUCCUCAUCACGGGUUGCUGAGCGGACACCAGUUUUUUACAGUCGUUCUGGUGCUGCGCGGCGGAAGGUGAGUGGCCAUGGGUGCCGAGAGUAGCGCCGUGCGGAACUGUACGCCGGAGGAGCCGCUCUUGAGCCUUCCCUUUGGCCUCACCAUGUUCUCCGCGGUGCUCCAGGAUGGAAGGGCCGCUUCCGUGUUUGUUCACAAGCGCGGCAAAGAAGAUAAGGUCAAUAAAGCAGCUAAGCACCUGAAGACCCUGAGGCACCCGUGCCUGUUGCGCUUCCUGUCCUGCUCGGUGCAGGUGGAUGGCAGCGUCCACCUGGUCACAGAGCGUGUCAAGCCUCUGGAGCUGCUACUGGACGACCUCUCCCCGGAAGAAAUCUGCGCUGGAAUCUACGAUCUCUUGCAGGCAAUUGUCUUUUUGCACGAGAGGGGGAAAUCAAGCCACAACAACGUAUGCGUCUCUUCAGUAUUUGUCAGUGAAGAUGGACAUUGGAAACUUGGCGGGAUGGAGACGGUCUGUAAAUUCUCCGAAGCAACUCCAGAGUUUCUUGUGAGCAUUCACAGUGUUCGAGACACCAGCUGCAUUCCUCCAGAAGAGCAGGUGGAGGGUUUUGAAAUUCUUCCUGAUAAACACGCUCAUGCUCGGGACUGUUACUCUUUUGGCUCCAUGCUUGAGGGCCUCCUGCCUUUGCUGAAUGGUUACGUAUCGCAGGAACUGUCCGACAGUCUGAAAAAGACCCUGCAAGCUGGCCCGCUGAACUCCGACCCUUUAUGUCGGCCUGGCCUCAGCUCCCUGCUGACUCAUGAUUUUUUCAGGAACGACUUUCUGGAAGUGACUAACUUUCUGACCGGCUUAACGCUGAAGACAGAAGAAGAAAAAAAUGAGUUCUUUAAGUUUCUUCUCGACAGAGUCCAGAGCCUCCCUGAAGAACUGACGGCUGCACGUCUCGUCCCUAAACUCCUCAACUCCUUGGUGUUUGCCGAGCCCACGGCUGUCAAAAGUUUCUUGCCGCAUCUCUUAAAGCCAAAGAAGGAUCGUAGCAGUAGUGGUGAAGAAUGCCUGCUGUCUGUAUCCCUUUACCGCAAGCAUGUCAUCCCGCAACUUCUCAAGCUAUUCAAAGUCAAUGAGGAACACGUGCGGAUGGUGUUGUUGGCGCACAUCCACAUCUACGCUCAGUUCUUCUCCCACGAGGAGCUGAAGAUUCAGAUUCUACCUCAGGUUUUGCUCGGAAUGAGAGAUACCAACGAUACUCUGGUCGCUAUGACGCUGCAGAGCCUGGCCGUGUUGGUGCCGUUGCUCGGGGCUCAGGUGGUGGUCGGAGGAGAAAGAACCAAGGUCUUCAAACGUACCACUCCCAAGUUUACGAAGUCUGCUGAGGCCACGCCAGAAACAUCACCCGUCCACAUUAUUGAAGGCUCUUACCCUCAGAUGGAGCAGCCUUCCAAGGUUUUGAAUUUGUUCCCCAGACCGCCUGAAGAACUCGUUCAUAGCAACACGGACCGAUUUUCAGGGAGAAGGGAAAUUUCACGGAACUACCCACUGGAACCAACAUCAGGCAUCAUCAAGCCGACGUCCCUCGCCUUAAAUGGCUUCCGUCAGCAAAGAGACAUGGACUCUUCCAGCCCAGAUGAGGGCGCGCACUCCCCGAAACGCCAACGGGAAGACUGGCCCGACUGGAGUGAUACAGAUGAGGGCGAGGACCAGAAGAGCCAGCCGGUCCGGAUCCUCAUCGAGGCCUCGGGUCCGGCUUGCGACACGCAGCAGAUGUUAACAGAUGAAGAAGAGCCUUGGGAUGAAUUUGAGGACACUGAAGGCACCUCUGGGGCCUCUCCUGACAUAUUCACUAUGCCUGCUGAAAAACAAACCACUGAGCCACUAAAACUGGGAUCUUCCAGAGCCUUGAAACUGAGCUCAAGCACACAAACGGCCAGUCAACCCCCAAUGGACAUCAAGCCCGUUGGGCCGCAGAUCCGGGGGCUCACUAGAGAUCUCGGGGAUGAGUUCACCAUCAAAGUGAAGAAGAAGCAGCAGCAAGAGGUCGAUCCAGAGCUGGAUUUGUUUGCAGAUAUGGUGCCGGACAUCAAACUGUCAUCUCAAGCUCUGCUCACGUUGCGCACCAGCAGCGACGCAGGACUGACUUCCCACAUCUCUGCUAUCGACACAACAACAACACUGCUCUCUGCCAAGUUUGCUGCUGCCAGUGUGACUGAGGCUGAAACAGACGGUUGGGGCAAUGGGGACGAUCUCAACUGGGGGGAUGACAGUGGCUGGGGAUGACAUUCAUCAGGAAGCGGCUCUGGAACACGCCCCCCUCCAUGAAAGAAACCGUUCUGCCAAUUCAGAUUUUUGACUCAAAAAUAUUGAGUUGCCUUUGUUUAUUCAACUGGAAGGAAUCAAUGCUGAUCAGAUGGGUGGAGGAUGUAAAUGAAGACAUUUUAUUUUGCUUGCUAACUGACACGGAUGAUAAGGAAAACAAUGUGCCAACUUAGCUAAGGGCACAUAGGCAUAUAAAGCAAUCCGUGUCAGGUUUUCAUGCCCGAAAGUCUUGUUGCACUUUGAAUGAAUGAGAAGAAUGCUUUAGAUUAAUUUAUUAGUGGCUUUCUUUUUUCAGGGUGAAAGGGGGGGUGGCUGGUGAAAUAAAGCAUUUUACUAUAACAAAACAGAUUGAAAAGUUUACGUAUGCAGUGUUGCAUGCUCCAUUUUCUCAUGCGUUUUUAAUGUUUUUGGCAAACCUUUUAAUUUUUGUCUUUUUUGGACUAAAUUAUUUCGUUAUUAAAUAAACAGUUUCCCAACCUUUCAAUUUAAGGCUAGGUUCAGACCGCAGGUCUUAAUGCACGAAUCCAAUUUUUUCGUGUUUUUCCAACUAGAGUGAGGCAUUAAGUUGACUGAAUGAACGGGACAAGUUGCAUAGAAUUGGACCAUUUCAAAUCCGAUCUGAGUCAAUUUCGUAUGUGCUUUAAAUCUGAUCCGGGCCACAUUUUUCCGUAAUGUGGUGGCGGUCUGAACUGUCAGGUCUCCCAAAUUGGAAUUCAUGCAGCAAUUAUGUCAGCAAAGAGCGAGAGCGGCAGGCAGGGUGGCAGCGAAAGCUUUGCUUUAGCGUUAGCGCCUAGCUUGAACUCGGCUUUUACGCAGGAGGCGGGCUUGACCACAGUCAUAAAAUAAAAUGAAAAGGAUAAGCCUGAUAAUGCUCAUUUUCUUUCUGUGCGCCAAAACGAUAUUUCAGUUUUGCUUACAUGGCCAAGUCGGGGCAAACUGGGCCUAAGUGGACUUCUAGAAGGUCGUGCGGGCAGUCAUCAACGCCUUUUGGGCGGUCGGUCAAGGUGGGAGGAAUUUUUUGGGUUAUCCCCAAAUUCGAGGGAUAUAUUACUCCGAUGGGUAUACUAAUUCGACAGGUAUCCUAUUUCAACGGGUAUGACUGUCUGAAAGGUAUGGUUGUUUGAUGGGUAUAGCAUUCCGACAGGUAUGGUCAACAAAAACUUCGAAAAUUCACCCAAGAAUUCCUUAAACAGUGGACAUAUACUCAAAAUAUGAACCGACCAUUUGGGUUUUCGGUCAAGGUCGGAGGAUUUUUUUGGGUGGUCCCUUAGGACACCAUGCACUGGCACAAGCAAAAACAUGUAUCUUAUUUCCCUUUCAUUAUAUAAUAUCAUAUAUGAGAUCAUCUUCCUAUAUUUGGGUUGUUUAGGGCAUCGCCCUAAAAAAACUCCUAUACGCACCAUUCAAAAAAGCAUAAAAAAAUAAACAUUUGUACAAAGGAGGAUCAGGGGUCAAAGCCUUCAAUCAUAUACAUAUUCAACGAGCAUAGUAAUUUGACGGGCAUACAAUUAUCAAAAAGAAUUCUAUCAACAGUAGAGAUACUCUAACCGAUAUGAACCGUGUGACAGUCUAAUAGUUAUGGUAGUCUGACGGGUACAGAAUUCCGACAGAUAUGCUAUUCCGAAGGGUAUAGCAUUCCGGCAGGUGUGUUAGUCUGACGGGUAUACCAUUCUGACAGAUAUGGUCAACAUGAACCUCGAAAAUUCACUAAAGAAUUCCAUAUACUGUGGACCUAUUUACAGUACAUAUUUGUGUUUAUUAUCAUAUAUUAUUGUAUUUAUAGCAUUUGGGUUUGCAUCAAAUCGACAAGAACCUCGAAAAAGUUGGUGUAUCAUUCCAAUGGGUAUGGUAGUCAGACGGGUAUACUAAUUUGACUGGUAUGGUAGUCUGACGGGUAUACUAAUUUGACGGGUUUGGCAUUCCGUAUUCCAUAUACAGUGGACAUACUAGAAGUAUGAACCGACCAUUUGGGUUUGCAUCAAUUUUUUAUUUGGGCGUUUGGUAGUGACGGGCGUAGAAUUCCGACAGAUUACAAUUCCGAUGGCUAUACUAAUUUGAUGAGUAUAAUAUUCUGAUGGGUAUGGUAGUCUGACAGGUAUUACAUUUUGACGGGUAUACUAAGUUGACAGGUAUACUAUUCCGAUGGGUUUAUCAUUCCGACGGGUAUACUUUUCCGAUGGGUAUGCUAUUCCGACUGGUGUAUCAUUCUCAUAGGUAUGGUAGUCUGACGGGCAUAGAAUUCCAACAAAUAUGAGUACAAGAACCUCGAAAAUUCACCCCAAAAUUCCAUAUACAGUAGACAUACUAGAAAUAUAAACUGACCGUUUGCAUCAAUUUUUUUAUUUGGGUGUUUGGUAGUCUGACGGGCAUAAAUUCUGACAUACUAUUCCGACGAGUAUACUAUUCUGAUGGGUAUAUCUUUCCAACAGGUAUGAUAGUCUGAUGGUAUAAGAUUCCAACGGGUAUGGUAGUCUGACGGGAAUAAAUUCCGACAUAUACAAUUAUGAUGGCUAUACUAAUUUGAUGAGUAUAAUAUUCUGAUGGGUAUGGUAGUCUGACGGGAAUAAAUUCCGACAUAUACAAUUAUGAUGGCUAUACUAAUUUGAUGAGUAUAAUAUUCUGAUGGGUAUGGUAGUCUGACAGGUAUUACAUUUCGACGGGUAUGGUAGUUUGACGGGUAUACUAAUUUGACAGGUAUACUAUUCCGAUGGGUUUAUCAUUCCAACGGGUAUGCUAUUCCGACUGGUGUAUCAUUCUAAUAGGUAUGGUAGUCUGACGGGCAUAGAAUUUCAACAAAUAUGAGUACAAGAACCUCGAAAAUUCACCCAAAAAUUCCAUAUACAGUAGACAUACUAGAAAUAUAAACUGACCGUUUGCAUCAAUUUUUUUAUUUGGGUGUUUGGUAGUCUGAUGGGCAUAAAUUCUGAGAUACUAUUCCGACGAGUAUACUAUUCUGAUGGGUAUGUCUUUCCAACAGGUAUGAUAGUCUGAUGGUAUAAGAUUCCGAUGGGUAUGGUAGUCUGACGGGAAUAAAUUUCGACAUUCUAUUCUGACGUGUAUAUCAUUCCGACGGGUAUGGUAGUCUGAUGGGAUACUGUUAGGACAGAUAUACUAUUCCGACAGGUAUACUAAUUUGACAGGUAUACUAUUCCGAUGGGUAUUUUUUUUCUGAUGGGUAUGGUAGUCUGAUGGGUAUAUUAAUUUGACGGGUAUGGUAGUCUGACGGGCAUAGAAUUCCGACAGAUUCCAACGGGUUUGGCAUUCAAAUUGUGUAUGCUAUUCCGACGGAAAUGAUAGUCUGACGUAUAUAGCAUUCCAACAUUUAUGGGUACAAGAACCUUGAUAACUCACCUAAAAAAUCCAUAUACAGUGGACCUACUAGAAAUAUGAACCGACCGCUUGCAUCAAUUUUUUUUUAUUUGGGUUUUUGGUAGUCUGACAGGCAUAAAUUUUGACAUACUUUUCCGACGUGUAUAUUAUUCUGAUGGGUAUAUUCCAACGGGUAUGGUAGUCUGACAGGUAUACUAAUUUGACGGGUUUGGCAUUCUGAUAGGUAUGGUAGUCUGACGGGAACAAAUUUCGGUAUGCUAUUCUGACGUGUAUAUCAUCCCGACGGGUAUUUGACAGGUAUAUUAUUCUGAUGGGAAUAUCAUUCUGACGGGUAUACUGACUUGACAGGUAUACUUUUCCGAUGGGUAUAUCAUUCUGACAGGUAUACUAAUUUGAUGGGUAUACUAUUCCGAUUUGGUAUAUCUUUGCGAUGGGUAUGCUAUUCCAACUGGUAUAUCAUUCCAAUGGGUAUGGUAGUCUUGACAGAUAUAGCAUUCCAACAAAUAUGGGUACAAGAUCCUCGAAAAUUUACCAUAAAAUUCCAUAUACAGUGGACCUCCUAGAAAUAUGAACCGACCGUUUGCAUCAAUUUUUUAUUUGGGUGUUUGGUAGUCUGACGGGCAUAAAUUCUGACAUACUUUUCCGAUGGGUAUAUCAUUCCAAAUAGGUAUGGUAGUCUGACAGGUAUACUAAUUUGAUGGGUAUGCUAUUCCGAUGGUUAUGGUAGUCUGACAGGCAUUACAUUCCGACAGGUAUACUAUUCUGAUGGGUAUAUAAUUCCGACGGGUAUACUAAGUUGAUGGGUAUACUAUUCUGACUGUUAUAUCAUUCCAACAGGUACAGUAGUCUGAGUACAAGAACCUCGAAAAUUCACCCCAAAAUUCCAUAUACAGUAGACAUACUAGAAAUAUAAACUGACCGUUUGCAUCAAUUUUUUUAUUUGGGUGUUUGGUAGUCUGACGGGCAUAAAUGCUGACAUACUAUUCCGACGGGUAUGAUAGUCUGACGGGUAUAACAUUCCGAUGGGUAUGGUAGUCUGAUGGGUAUAAGAUUCCGACGGGUGUGGUAGUCUGACGGGAAUAAAUUCCGACAGAUAUUUUAUUCCAAUGAGUAUGCUAUUCUGACGUGUAUAUCAUUCCAACGGGUAUACUAAUUUGAGGGGUUUGGCAUUCUGACGGGUAUACUAUUCCGACGGGUAUGAUAGUUUGACGGGCAUAGAAUUCCGACAGAUAUACUGUUCCAACGGGUUUGGCAUUCAAAUGGGUAUGCUAUUCUGACGUGUAUAUCAUUCCGAUGGGUAUGGUAGUCCGAUGGGUAUGCUAUUCUGAUGGAUAUACUAUUCCGGUGGGUUUGGCUUUCAAAUGGGUAUGCUAUUCUGACGGGUAUAUCAUUCCAACGGGUAUGGUAGUCUGCCAGUUAUAUUAAUUUGACAUACUAUUCCGGUGGGUAUGCUAUUCUGACGUUUAAAUCAUUCCAACGGGUAUGGUAGUCUGACCAGUAUACUAAUUUGACAAGUAUGGCAUUCAUAUGGGUAUGCUAUUCCGACGGGUAUAUCAUUCCAACGGGUAUAGUAGUCUGACGGAUACAGCAUUCCGACAAAAACCUCAAAUUUACCCAAGAAUUCCAUAUAUAGUGGACAUACUCAAAUAUGAACCAUUUAGGGUUUGCAUCAAUUUUUUUUAUUUGGGCGUUUGAUAGUCUAAUGGGCAAAGAAUUCCGACGGGUAUCCUAAUUUGACGGGUAUAGCAUUCCAACUGGUAUGGUAGUGUGACAGGUAUAGUAUUCCGACAGGUAUGGUAAUAUGACGGGUACAGAAUUUUUUUUUUUUUUU